AUUCUCUGAUCAACCAUUUCACCUCUCAUAUAUAUUAUUUAAGGGGUAUACAGGAAGCACAGAAGAGUCUCUGAAAUGUUGUCCGCAUGCAUUUCUACAUCGCAUCUUUAAAAGUAAAAACAAUGAUUUUCAGGCCGGUUUUAGGAUCAGCACAUGUCUGCGACUCAUUUCUGGUGAGCCACAUCAAAGUUGAAGGAAAAUAUAACUUUUCCUCUCGGAUGCGGAUGCAGGCCCAGCUGCUGGGACUUUGGAGCAGGGAGUUGGCCCGAAAGCUGGUGGAGCACGGCCACAAAGGAACGGUCCUGAGCAGGGAGGAAUUUGAGGAGAGGAAAGCAGCUGCAGAGGGUGCAGAGACUGAACAGAGCAACACUUUCUACAGCAGGAGUCGGCCAGUGACACUGGCAAGUACAGGAAAAGAACUCAAAGAUAACUUCCUGAAGGCCCUGGCAGAGCGGGAAGAGGCCAACCGCAGUGGGAAAAGUACUUCGGUCAUUUUCAUAAGGGACUCUAACACUCUUGGACAGGAGGUGUCUGGCUAUAUAGACUACGCCCAAAGACUCAAGACUCAGGACUUUGAACCGUACUUCAGCAGGAAGAAGAAGCUCAUGCCCGGACCUUCAGAUUUAUGUUACUACAACUGGAAGACACAGGUGUCCACAUCCAACUCCAGCACCAACUUCCAGGUGAUUUAUGAUGACCCAAAUGGGAUUCUCUUUCAACACAAGAAGGACAAAAAGAUUCUGAACGUGGAUCCUUUGGUUCCUCCUGGUGAGGACUCCACCAGGACGCUCAUACAGUCAGACCUCUACACCCAUGUUGUCAUCUUGGACCACAGCAUCAGAAGCAUCUGAGCUUCAGAGACUGCUGCCGGCACCAGUAUUCAUGCUGGUGGGAAGUGGAAGCCUCUAAUUUGACUGGGUUGCUGUGAGUUUCUCUGUAUCGUGCAUGCCAUCUGGGUGGAGGUACUGCAGCUCCCAAAAGCCUCCCGUUAACUGAUGAAUCCCAGAGGAAGUAGCGGAUGGACCGGAACUUCUAGUUUCUCCUUAAAUGUGUCUAUAUUCCUUUUUUCUGCAUCGGAUUUCACAUGUUCCUAGUUUCAGGGGUAGAAACCUGCUCAGGGACCCCGGGCCCAUCCACCUAACAUGUUUUGGGGUGUUUGUCUAAACAAAUUAAAGGCGUGAGAGCUUUAAAAGAUGAUGGGGCGGUGCUUUUAUGUCCUCCCCUAGGCUGCGGUAGCUCCAACUGGACUGGAAGAGUGGGUAAAGGGCUUAAAGCAUUCCGCAUGUUCCCAGAUGCAAGGCAACACUGAGCAGGACAUCAAAGCGCUCCAUCAUCUACAUAUUAGUCAGGCACUGACACGCUUUAAUGCAGCACGACUCCACGAAUCAUCGGCUAUUGGGAAUAGUUUGAAAUAUGAAGAAGUUUACUUUUGUGGGUGAAACUGAAACCAACAAUGGAAAUGAAGACCGUCAGGAGCGUGGUCAUAACUCAGGACAGGACCUCUGCUGUGUCUCAGACACUUUUAUUAACCUUUUACUGUUCAACUCAAGGAAAAAGCAAACAAUUUGUUUUAUUUGUUCUUUGGGGGCAACAAAUGUUGGAAUAAAAGUUCUUUUAAGGUACUAAUCAUGUAAAAGGUAAUAAUAAUAUUUAGUUUGUUUGCAGACAUUCUCAUGUUGUGUUGAUUUAUUUGUUUAGUAUUUAGAUAAGAUCAUUUAUCUGUUAAAGUAUGAGAUCUACCCCGUUCAAAUCAGUAUAAUUAGAUGUAGACAUGAGAACAGGGAUCCUGGAUGGGCUGAAGGGUUUCUGCCUGUGUGUGUGUGUGUGUGUGUGUGUGUGUGUGUGUGUGUGUGUGUGUGUGUGUGUGUGUGUGUGUGUGUGUGUGUGUGUGUGUGUGUGUGUGUGUGUGUGUGUGUGUGUGUGUGUGUGUGUGUGUGUGUGGAUGUGUGUGUGUGUAAGCGUGUGAGUGAGUGUGUGUGUUUUGUGUGUUUGCGUGUGUGUGUGUGUGUGUGUGGUUACAUGUGUGUGUGUGGUUGCAUGCGUGUGUGAGUGUGUGUGUUUUUUUGUGUGGUUGCGUGUGUUUGUGUGUGUGUGUGUUUUGUGUAUUUGCGUGAGUGUGUGUGUGGUUGUAUGUGUGUGUGGUUGCAUGUGUGUGUGUGUGUGUGUGUGUGUGUGUGUGUGUGUGUGUGUGUGUGUGUGUGUGUGUGUGUUUGAGAGAGAGAGAGAGAGAGAGAGAGAGAGAGAGAGAGAGAGAGAGAGAGAGAGAGAUAACAGUAACUGUAGCAGAGGAGAGACUUUUUAAAUUGUUUUUGUGUCUAAAGGUGUUUUUUUAAACAUUCUUCUUUUCUGUGUUUUUAUCUGAGGAGAAAAAUCUUUACUUUCUUUAUUGUUUUUAUUCUUCUACCUUAACAGCAGAUUUUUUACAGAAAUGUGAGGUAAAAAGCCAAAAUGCAAGCACGUUUGUUGUCCUGUUGUAUGUGAGGCGUGUUGAACGACCCCCGUGACCUCAUCAGUUCAAUUGUCGCCAGUGAUUUUGCAGUAAAAUUGGAGUUAAAUGGUUAUAGCCCCUUCAUUUUGUUUAUUGGGCUUUUAAGCCGUUGGGGUUUUGACUGAAGCGUGGUUUUAUUAGUUUUGGGGCCUGACUUGCCACUACUACGCACCAUGAGGUAAAGAAGUGGUUUCACACUAAACGGAGCUCCCAACAGCUGAGAAAUGAUUCCAUCCACUAAUGAAAACUCCAUCUGACUUGAGCGUGAUGUUUGAGCCACAGGGGGAAUUCUGGGUCAACUUAAUAAAUAUAAAUGUUUCUCAUCACAUUUACAUCUCCUAACCUACACAGCACAUCUGGCUGUUAAAUCAACACUAAUCUGUUACGUUUGACACUGCUCCUGAGUGUUUUUGGUCCCCAUCUGAACAGGCGUUAAAUUAACUCUUUCAUUGACUCUGAAUGCAGUUCCAGGCGAUUCUCAUCACUGCUACUUCCAAACACCGGGGGAGUUUUGACAACUCUUAUGAACUCUGUUAUUUUGACACAGCUGAUUUUACGUAUUUGUAAAGCGCCUUCUUAGGGAUCUACAACCCCCCAAGGCAAUCCACAACACCAUCAUUCACACACUGGCUGGGAUGAGCUACGAUGUACUAUGUAUGUACAAUGCAUGGGGCAGCAGUAGCUCAACAGGUUGAGCGGGUUGGCCACUAAUCAAAAGGUUGCAAGUUCAAUCCCGGCUCCGGAAAAUGAAUUCUGCUGUUGUGCCCUUGGGCAUGACACUUUACCCACCUUGCCUGCUGGUGGUGGUGGGAGGGACCGAUGGCGCCUCUGUCAGUGCACCCCAGGGCAGCUGUGACUAUGACAAUGUUCAUCACCACCAGCAUGUGAAUGGGUGUGUGAAUGGAUGAAUGAUACACUGCAGUGUAAAGCGCUUUGGAGUCCUCUGUCUCUGAAAGGCGCGAUACAAGUGCGGGUCAUUUAUCAUUUAUCAUGUAGCCACAGCUGCCCUGUGUUCGCAGCUAGUUAGCAGCUAGCUGAUGACCCCCCUCCAUGAGGUCACCACAGCUCAGCAGAACAUCACUGUAGCUUCUUCUGGGGAGAAAAACACUUAGAGAAAAAAUAAAGUUAACAGCUGAAAUAGCAGGAAAUGAUACAGUUAAAGAGCAGAUUGUAGAAGAAAGUGGUCAGUGUGUCCUCCAGCAGUCUAAGCCUAUAGCAGCAUAACUACAGAGAUAACUCUGGAUAACCUAGCUGUUGUGAUGGAGGCAUGUUGGAGGCAGGCCAAGGGAGAGCUGUCUUUACCGACUGUACACGCCACCUCCUUCUACUCCCCCACUUGUCCAGAUCUAGGCUAAUAUCAGAUUUUAACCACAGGCCCUAUCAAAUAAAAAUGUUUUAGGCCUGGUCUUAAAAGUAGACAAAGUGUCUGCCUCACGGACUAAAGCUGGGAGCUGGUUCCACAGGAGAGGAGCCCGAUAACUAAAAGAUCUGCCUCCCAUCCUAAUUUUAGAUAUUCUGGGAACCAUCAGUAAACCUGCAGUCUGAGAACGAAGCGCUCUGUUUGGAACGUAUGGAACAAUCAGGUCACUGAUGUAUGAUGGAGCUUGAUUACUGAGUUUUAUAAGUGAGAAGGAGGAUCUCAAAGUCUAGUCUAAAUUUAACAGGCAGCCAAUGUAUUAGUUUACAUUUACUUAAUCAAUCAGAAAUGCAAAAUCCGAAUAUUAGAAUAACCACUUCCUGAUGAGUAGUUCUGACCCCAAAAAGUUCUGGCAUACUGUCAAGACUAUGGAAAAUACCAACAAGUCCUCACUUUUUUUUUCUUUUUUUUCUAAAGCUCCAAAUCAGGACCAGAGUCGUGUCAAGGAGUAAACAUUCCAAUACAGGCCAGGUCAUGAAGCCAAUCAGUAACAAGUUUCCUAUAUGAGGAACCCAGCAGGUUGCAUCGAGUCACUGACUAGUGUCAGAGUCUUUAUAACAAUGCUCAUACUAAGCAAGCAUGCAGCGACAGUGGAGAGGAAAACUCCCCUUUUCACUUGCCAAAUGCAAUCAAAUCUGAUGGCAUUGUUGUCUCAGAUAAAUUAAAAUGGUAAAGUCCUUCAAUAAUCACUUUAUUAAGUCCAGUUAUGCCUUUGCAACAGCUACUGAAUUUUAAGAUGAUUUAGAAUUGAUGUUGGUGAGAAAUAUUAGUGAAAAAGGACACGUUUGUGAACUGGAAACAAGAUUUGUAGUAAACAGGUAAAAAUAUCACACACUAGGGUGAGGAGCGAGCACCACCUCAGCCCCGCCACGUGGACCCAAGGGAUAAACCAUCAAUCCUGCUCAAUGGUCAACUUUCCUCGCGGGGUCACCCAUGAAGACAGUGGGAGGGUUAAGGUUACAGGAUGGGUUAGGCGUGGAGUCACUAAAAUUAAUGGAAGUCAAAUGAGGUGUGUGUGUGUCUGUGUGUGUGUGUGUGUGUGUGUGUGUGUGUGUGUGUGUGUGUGGCCUUAUAAAGAGAGAAGGUGGUGUUCAGUCUGAUGUUGUGUAGAGGUUGUUGUUGGCUGGUGGCGGAGCUCUCAGGUUCAUGGGAUCAGGAAUUUCCUACAGAGGAAAAACAUCUCAGCUAACAUAGCAGUAGAUCACACUGGAUAACUUCCUGUGGUUGCAUUUAUUUCACUUAUUUUAUUACACUUAUGUUUUAUUACUUCUUACAUCAGCUGUCUUUAGUGAGGCCAUCUGUGUGUACACCUGUGCGAUGACAAUAAAUGAUCUAGAAUACU